AUGCCACGAACAGCCAUCACGCUCGAGACAGAUUUCAGCUCUCAGCAGUUCGUGCAGAAUUUCCGUGUGUCCCGGGAGUCGUUUGAGUACAUCUGCGCUCAACGUGUUGCCAUAGCCAUCUGGAAGCUGGCCACUGGCAGUGAAUACAGGACCAUCAGCCAUCUUUUUGGAGUAAGCCUGAGUACAGUUUUUAAUUGUGUUCAGGACUUCUGCAACACAGUUGUCAAGGUGCUACUUCCUGCCCAUAUUAAAUCUCCUGAUGCUGACAAGUUGGUUGAACUAGCCACAUUCUUCCAUAACCGUUGGAGAGUACCACAGUGUGUCGGUGCCAUAGAUGGAUCCCACCUGCCAAUUAUUGCACCCGAGGAGCAUGCUCGGGACUAUUACAACCGCAAAGGAUGGCAUUCAGUUAUUCUGCAAGCAGUGGUGGACGGUAAAGGUCUCUUCUGGGAUGUGUGUGUUGGCUUUGCAGGGAGUGUGCAUGAUGCAAGGGUACUGCGGCAGUCAGAUUUGUGGGAAGUCUUAGGUGAUGGGGAAUUACUGAGCCAAAAGAAAGUGACCAUCUCUGGCUGUGAUGUGGGACAUUAUCUGAUUGGUGACCCUGCCUACCCCAUGCAAAACUGGCUCAUGAAGCCCUUUUCGGACACUGGCAGACUGACCCCUGAGCAACGCACCUACAACUACAGGCUGAGCAGUGCACGAUCGGUUGUGGAGAUGUGUUUUGGAAGACUGAAAGGACGGUGGAGAUGCCUCCUGAAAAGGAACGACGCCAAGCUGGAGCUGGCCAAGAAAAUGGCACUGACUUGCUGCGUGCUUCACAACAUUUGUGAGGAACAUGGAGACAAUUUCAGCGAGGACCACCCAGACAGGAACAUGAACAUUCAGCCUCUUCUUCAGGCAGUACCCGAAAAUGGCACUCCUGAAGGAGCUGACAUUAGAGCAGCAUUAAUGCGCUACUUUAACGGAGGGAAUGAGUGA